AUGGAAGAGCUAUUGCCUAUUCCAGAAUGGCCAGAACAUGACUGUCUAUUCACCUCUCAUUCCUUUGAGGUAGCUGCAGUCACUUAUAGGGACCAGAUGGAGCGUUUCAUUCAGAAGCUAUAUGAGAUUCUUGGUAGACAACUUCAGACUGGACCACCUUCCCCAGUCAUCUCUGCAGGACAUCUCAUGCCCAAAAGUUCUAGAGCCUCUUCUGUCACUCCACAGGAGGCAGCUCAAGAAAACUUACUAAGGAGUCUUAUCAAACCCACAAGUCAAGUUACUAUUGCUAGUCCUUUACUUCCAGAACCUCAAGUUUCUCCUCCAACUGUGACCCUGCAUACCUCCAGUAGCACUCCUCCAGGACAUCCUCCUAGUAGUCUUCAUUCAUCCAAAGCCUCUCUUACUGUUACUAUGCAACCUAGGUAUUUAGGACCUGAUAAUGGAACUUUACUCAUUCCUUCAGAACCUUUACCACCACCUCCUAGCUCUAUUGCUACUUCUUCCUCUAGAUCUAUACCCUUAGGAAGAAUACCAGAAGAAUCACCCUAUGUAACAUUACAAGUCCCACCUACCUUAGAAAGGACUGAGAGACUUAGAAGAGAAGCUACUAGAUCUCUAGGACCUAGACCACCUACUCCUAGACCCACUAUAGUCCCUUCCACUAGUUCAGAAGAAACCUUACCAUCAUCUCCUAGAGGUAAUACUAGUGUUCCCAUAGCCCAACCUUCAGCCAUACCUCCUUUCAAUAUACAAGCCCUUGAAGACUACAUCAACAAUCUUUCAAGUGGAAGUAUAGAUGGCUUAAGUUCUUCUGAAUCAUCAACUGGAAGAGACCAAGUAGCCCCUGAACUAAUUGCCCCAGCUACUCCUGCUGAUUCUAUUACUUCUGUCUCAAGUGCUGCUACCCACACCAUGCAAAUUCCAGUAGCCCAAUCUACUCCCAGGAUUAGGAGCCAAGUAGAAGAGGAUAAUGUUAGGAAUAUACCUUAUAAUCCACCUUUAAGCAAUGCUGCUAGAAGAGUUAGCCUUGCAGGCCCAAGUAUUUCUCUUAGAGAUCCACCUCCACAUGCUGACUUUAUUAAUUGCAGAUCUUCCUUGGGAGCAAAUUGGCAAUCCUCAGGAAGACCAGCUAUACCAGCUGAGUCCUUUACCAGAGUAUCUACAAUCCCAGAAGAGCGCUCCUCCAGACUAGCUGAAAGUGCACACAGGAGACCUACCUCCUCUCCUGAAUCAAGAAGAACUCCUCUAAGUACUCAUACCAAUUUACCUUACUUACAGGAGCAGCCAGCACCAGCUACUAGAGAAGAAGCCAAUAUGAGUAGGAGAGGAAACUUCUUAGCCCCUCUACUAGCACCUGUCCCACAACUUCAAGUACCUCCAGCACCACCCAUUGACAGGACUAGGUUACCUCCUCAUAUUGUAGGACGUAUGGUCUCCUCUAGAAGGUUUAGUGAGCUGUUUAAUGAUCCACCUCCUAGGGAUCAACUUAGAGAUAGACUAGCUCCCUUAGCUGAAGGAGGAGGAGGAAAUGACCCACCAUAUGAUAGCAAUGAGGGAGAUUUUGAUAACUCUGGUAGAAGAAGGAACAACCCACCUAGAAGGGAUGGAAGAGGACCUCCUAACAACCCAGAAGACCCAGGAAAUGAACCAUAUGCUCAAGCAAAUGCAGCUAGAGCUAGACCUUUCAAUCCAGCUCCUGUACAUUUUGAUACUAAGCUGAAACCUGACAUAAUCCCAGAAUGGGAUGGAGAUACUAAGAAGCUGUUGCACUGGAUGACAUCCAUCAACAACAUAGCUGAGUAUAGUAGCUACACUGGAAUUCAGCUUGGACAGCAGAUUCCCCUCAGGUUCACAGGUAGAGCUCUUAGAUGGUUCAACGCAUUAGAUAAGGACUAUAGGCAAAUUAUAACUGAAGACUGGCCAGCACUUAGGCAAGCUAUCACUAUCCACUUCAUGAAUAGGACCUUCCUGAACAGAAGCAAGAAUGAAGCCAUGCUCAUCAGGUUCAGGGAUAAAGAUCAUUCAGAAGAGACUCCAGAAGACUAUGUCAUCAGGAAGAUGGAGGCUCUUACUAUUGUCAGUGACUGGACUGACUCUGAAUUAAUCUUUGAAAUCAUGAAUGGUGCUCCUAAGUCCUGGACCACGCAUAUAGACACCUCAAGAAUAGUCACUUGGGAGGAUUUCCUUGACAAGAUUGCAUGGCAUGAGGAGGACCUUUUGGGAAAAGAUUCUUCUCAUAACUCUGACAUACAGCGUCAGCUACAUCAGAUGCAAUCUACUCUCAAGAGACUAGAAGGAAACAGGCACUCUUGGCCAAGUGCGCGCUCACACUUAGCAGGAUCUAAACCAGUAGGAUGGCAUCAAAAUAAUCCUCCACCAAAAUACCCUAAGGAUGACUCUACAGUAUCUAAAGGUAAAACUCCUAAAGACAAGAAAGCUAGACCUUGUAGACACUGUGGAAGUAUGAUGCACUGGGAUAGAGACUAUGAUGAUGAAUGGGAAGCCCAGGAAGCUUAUGAAGAUCUCUGUGAUGAAGCCUACCUUGAUGAAACUGAGUAUGACACUGAAGGAGAAGAGUCUGUUUCUGAGGAAGAGCAGGAUUUUCAUAAGCCCCUUCAGUCAUUAGCUGUUUCUACCUCCAGCGCUAAGCCCAGCUCUGGAUCCCAGGAGGAACAGCAUGGUCUGGAGGGGACCACUGUCACCCAGGGUACUAACUCUGCUGACCAGGGCAGUAAGGAAUCUGAUUCAUCUGUAUUUUCUGGAUAUGUACAACCCAAGCUCCCCACUAGGAAGAGCCUUAAUAAGAAACUGAAAAUGGCUAGAAGUCAUACAGCUAUUACCAAGAAUGGAGAAGAAAUCACUCUCAAGCAAUUAAUGUCAAGACCACCAGGAACUGCCUUUUUUGGAUCUAAAGCCACCAUCAUCAAAGGUUGGCUUCAGACAAGCAAUGGACCUAAGAAGCACAUCACCUUUGACUCAGGAUCAGAGAUCACUCUCAUUAAUGAGUCAAUACUUAAAACUCUAGAUCCAUCACCUAGAGUGUGCAUUGGACAAAAACUCAAGUUAAUUCAAGUUACUGGGAAUAGUAGCUUAUCACAGUACAUUUCCCUUCCUAUCAUCUUUGAUACCAAACAAGGAUUAGUUAAAAUGAUUGUAGAAGCCUAUAUAGUUCCUAACAUGAACACGCCUUUCAUCUUAGGAACAGACUUUGCAUCUCAGUAUCAACUAUCAUUAGUUAGGAAUGGAGAUGGAACAAGGAUAGUUUUUGGGGAUACAGGACGUUCUAUUCCUGUGGAAGAAUCAGAUUCCAGCCCAAGAAUUGACCAACAAGGUAAUACCUUUAUGGUUGAAGUUGCACAAGGAUUCAUCAAGAAUUCUGAGAAAAUCAAGAUCUCUAAGAAAGCCUACAAGAAGCAACUUCAACAUAGGAAAUUACCUCCCAAUACUGUCAAAGUAAAAGUAUAUGAGACAGUUACUAUCCCAGCGCAUACCAUCAAGCUCAUCAAAGUCAAGACAACAUGGAAGGAAGGUCAAGCCUCUGGUUUUAUGGACAGAUCUUUCAAUUCCCAUCAACAAGAAGAACAUCUGUUUGCAAUAACAGACUGCCUGAUAGAUAGGAACUGUCAGAGCCAACAACUACCAAGAGGUAAAACCUAA